AUGGCUCGACGGCCUUGGAGCCGAACAGCCAAACAGACGAACAGCCGAGCAGCCGAGGGCCGGAGUCAAUCAAGCCGAGCCGACGGGGCGUAUAAAUCAAGAGAAGCCCACUCCGGAGGAUGGAGGGGGCGAGUCCAUGCGAGUGGGUUCGGUCAGGGGACUGGCUCCAACCUCGGCCUUGCGCUCUCCUUCUCUUUUUCUCCCGGCGACUCGCUUCUUCUCUUCAGCCUUCCUGCUUCUUCUCUUUUUGCAUCGUAUUUCUUUUUCAACACACACACACGCACACACGCACACACACCGCACACUCGCUCUCCUUUUCGCUUGGUCGUCUCCUCUCUUAUCUCUCUCUCUCUCUCUCUGUGUGUGUGUCUGUAUGUAUCUCUCUCUCAUCCCCGUCCGCUCGGGCUAGCCAUCUUCUCCAGCCGGGCCCACUUGAGAACAGUUCAUGUGCUGAGUCAAUCCUUUUUUGCCUACGAGGCCAAAAGACCUGAGUGGCCCAGCCGACAUCGCGGCCCCGACUCCCCCAGCCGACUGGAUGCCACCCAGUCGGCUCAAAGUCUCGCCCGCCGGACUCGCCGUCUCUCAGCCAACCGUCUACCACCGACCCGUUUUGCCGCCCCGUCUGCUGUCUGUGUGUGGCGUGCCUCUCUCUGCUUGUGCCUGUGUGUGCCUGUGUGUGUGUGUAUGCGGGAGUUGGCCUCACUGGCCUCGAUCUGGUUGACUAAGCCCUGCUCAAACCGGGCCGGUUGGUCACACGCCAUUGGCUGGCCCAGCCGGACUGACAAUGCGGCCUUGGCAGAAGGGGCGCCCGUCAGGGACUCAAGCGGGCAGACGGGCGGGCAGGUAGGUCCAUGUUGUCGGCCUGCCUCUUCCCCAGCCUUCGCUCGCCCGUGA